UUGCAGCAUUUGCCGAAGCUGUAGGAAUGAAAGGAAUUAGGGUAGAACAACCCGGUGACUUGCAGCAAGCAAUAGAAGAAGCCUUUGCUCACGACGGACCGGUAAUUGUAGACGUAGUUGUCAAUCCCGACUCUUUGCUAAUGCCUCCGGAAAUUACAUUCGAUAUGAUGCGAAACUUCUCAGAAUACAUUUGGAAAGCAUUUGUAUCCGGCGAAAAGAAAACGCUAAAAGAAAUGCUGGAAGUAAACUUACCAAGGCAAUUAUAA